AUGGCCAGCUCUGAAAUAGUAAGGUUCCUCUCGAACUCUUCCUCCAACAAUGCCGUGCAAAUGAUGGGCGCAACUUGGAAAUCUAACGAGAGGCCUCCAGCUACGAAGCAAUACAAGUCCUCAAUAACUAUGAAAUCACGAAACGUAGACGUCGCAACAAUGAACAAUUCCAGGAGUGGUAUAGAAUCAACCAACAAAUCAACAUUAAAUACCAACAGCCAACAGCAGGACGUUUCACUAGAGUUUGAUACAUUUGAUGCUAUAACGGGAUGGGGAGAAAACCAAAACGAUGAACCUGUUAGACGAUGCCUGACUGCUCCUAGCACCGUCUCGUAUGUAUCAGGGGAUACGCCAUUUCCCACACCGGACAUUAGUCGAAAUCAACCAUUAAAAUCUGGAGCAUCACGGAGAACGCCUAGCGGGAAGACGCGAACUUUAGUGUUGAACAAUUCAACUCCCAAAUCAUCAGCCAAAGUGAAAAGCACCCGUGUUAGCAACAAUGUUAGAAUGAGUGGAUGCACUGGAGAAGCAGAAGAGGAGCAUAAUCAUCGAAAAUGGUUGAUGGAUGGAGAAGACGAUUCGAUUGAAUAUCUAUGUGAUGAUAGAGAGGCAUGGGAUAUUCCUGGUUGUGUGGUUGCUGCAACGCCAUUAUCACCACAAUUGGAUUCUAAACCGUUGAUAUAUAACGAUGCUGCUACUACAAUUACAGUUGCGUCUUCAGCACGCUCGUCACCUAAAAUGAUGCCCCCACCCCUACCAGCAUCUCUAAUGGCCGCCGCUCUGGAUAUAAUACAGGAGUCUGACAAGAUAGUAGAUACCAGAGCAAUGGAACGUAAAGCUGUCCUGCCACAUAUUGAAUCCUCACCGAUGCUGAAAAUACCACAGCAACAGCACCAUUUCCAACAACACCAACCACAACUACAGUCAAACCCGUCGCGACCUAAUUCACCAGCACACACACGACCAAAAUCAUCGAAAUCCUCGUUAAACAUGUAUAUGCAACCAAGCAAAGAUUUAAUGGUAAACACUACAGCUUCAAUCAAUACACUACCACCACCGGAAGCAGUCCUCCGUCCUAAAUCCGCCAAACCCGUCGCACGAGCAGGCACGCCAUCAACACCCAUGGACAUUAUAUCUGUUCGCCAAAAGCUACGGAGAUCAGCUAAUAAGAGAUCAAUUGGUCUCGCUGCCUCUAAAGGAAAUGAUUCAAAACCCAAGUCAAGACCAACUAGUUCCACACGAAAGGACCACAGCAAGGCUGUAAGAUCUGUGCUUGCACCAGCUGCUGAUCCCGUAGACGGCAUACUGAUAGAUUCUCGGCCAGGGUCUGGCAGGCGCGGAACAGUAGCUGCAGAUGACUAUCUAAGUGAUGAUGAUAAUGAACCUGCCGAUCGACAGUGUAUGAGGUUGCGACAAGCGCCCUGGUCGGCUACUCCCACUAUAUCAGGUCGAUCAUUUACCACCACGACUACCAGUACAUUGGAGAAACAAGCAUCAGCUACUUCCAAUAUAACCACAGGACCAGCAAUCCCAGCAGCUUCAUUCGAUUUAGCUGAAAGUCGAUGGUCAACACUGAGAGCAUCAAAAACAUCAAACAGCAAACUUCGAGUCAAGACGUGUUGUCUAGAACCAUUCGUAGUUGCCGAACCAUUAUUGUCACGAGAGAUGGAUCAGUUUGCUAAAAAAGUGUUACCGAGUGAUUUGUCAAGACCGCCAUCGACAGCUGGGAGUUACGAGUACUUGACGAAUGUAACGAGGAGGUUUACGUAA